AUGGCAGACACAGUCUGCUCUGCCGUCGCCGGUGAGGCAGUGCAAAGAUUAUGUUUGCUUUUAUCAGGGGAAAACGAGACCGGCGAGAUGAAGGUGGAUCGAGUAGAAAUGGCCGUGCUCAAGCUCGAGACCAUCAUCGCCAUCUCCGAAGACUGGCAGGUCACGCACGCCCCGCUGCUCCGUUGGAAGGCCAAGUUGAAGCGUGUGAUCAAGGAAGGCAAAGGCAUCAUACGCUCCAACAAAAGAAACACCAGUGCCUUGGAGGAGCUGGGGAAGGCGCGAAGCAACUCCUUCCCACGGCGCGUGGCGCGAGCAGCCAAGCGGUUCAUGCCGUUCAGCCGGGGUACAACUUCCGGGGACGAUCUGACCGACUCCGCGGUAAGGAGGUUCGAGAGGAUAGCCGACGGCGCCGACGGCUUCUUCGAGCUCGUCAGGUGCGGCGGCCGUCCCAAGACCCUCAUGUUCCUCCCGUCGUUCGCGCGGUCGUUGGCGGCUGGGGAAGCGGCGGAACUGUCGCUCAGGAUGGAGGGCGGCACCGCGGUGAUGCUGCUCCAGCCAUGGUGGCUUGAGCUCGAAGGAGGCGACGGGACGGCGGCGGCGGCGGCGUGCCUGUGGAUGUCCUACGAGCACGACGUGGCGUGGGAGAAGAACUUCAAGAUGAUGGCGGCGUUCCGUUUCUCCGAGUCCCUGGACACCAUGAGGGUCGCCACGAGCUGCGUCGAGCUCCUCCCGCCCCAGUUCGGCGCUGCCCGUGAGGCCAUGAAGGAUCUCCUCGCCGAGAUGGCCGUCCACGGAAGGAACUCCCCUGCUCCGUCUGCCAUGUACCCGUCCUUCGUUCGCGCCGUCCAACGCUGCCACCGCUACGGCUUCGAGCCGACGCGGCCCCGCGCCGCGCCACGGUCACGGUCGCCCGCUGAGAUCCUGAUGGCGUGCGCCCACUUCUACAUCCUCCCGCUCCAGAAUUCGUCCGGUUUGCCCUUGGAGCUGGUCUGGCACAGCUCCCCGUUUUACCUGCCCAAGAAGCUCUCGGAGCAGCACGAGCACGUCGAGCCGGAGCAGAUACGCGCCGGCCUGUUGCCGACGACGGCAGAUGGGUUUUCCUACCACGACGAGGCAGGAGGAUCAUUCAAGCGCGGGCGGCAGUGGUGGUGUCCGCACAGCUCGACGCGCCUGUCGGUAGUGCCGGUGUCUUCACCGCCCAAAUCUGUUGUGCAGUGGUGCAAGGGAAGUUGGACAUUUCGCGGGAAAUAA